AUGGUUCAAUCAAGACCAUCGUGCAAAGGCUCUUGCUUCUUUCCAAUUAUUGGGAACUCUCGUCUUUCUAUGAGCUUAAGACACAUUGUUGAUAAAACACAAACAGAGGUGAUCAGACUUCAAAUGAGGAACUCUACUGGUGGAGCUACACUUGAACAUGAUCAAAGACAAGUGAUUGGCGAGACAGACUCUGGUGAAACUCACGUGCUUGCGGAUUAUACUGGUAGUUUCUGGUCUUUGUGGAACUCCAAAUGGUCACUUAAAAAAAUGAACACCUCCAGUGCAGAUAUGCCGCUCUUCGAGCUUUUGGGUCCUCAAGUGCUGGAUUAUGAACCAAAAUACUACGCAAACCUUAGAAGUGAUAAAGAUUAUGUGACUCUUGUUGAUUUUUCUAAGCAACAUCCAUAUGUAAAAGUUGUGGGAUUGGUUGAUAUGAAAUUUGGUUCCGUUGAGGUAAAAGAGAAUUGGUUGGUUUUGCCUGGAAUCGUAUCUACUUUCAUACUCAGUGCUGUUCUGAAGAAAGACUCCACUAAUGUGGGGACUGCAGUUGCUAUCAUAGCUCUUGAAAAAGGCAGCGGCUGCAGAGGUGGCUGUAGCGGUGAAUGCGGAAACAUGAGGAAAGCAGCUAAUGCUAGUGGUUGCGGCAGUGGUUGUAGUGGAGAAUGCGGAGAUAUGGUGAACAUAGCAGCAAAUGCUAGCAGCUGUGGUAGUGGAUGUAGCAGUGAAUGUGGAGAUAUGGUGAAAGCAGCAAAUGCUAGCCGUUGUGGCAGUGGUUGCAGUGGAGAAUGCGGGGACAUGGUGAACGCAGUGAAAGCUAGUGGUUGCGGAAGUGGUUGUAGUGGAGAAUGUGGAGAAAUGAUGAAAGCAGUGAAAGCUAGCGGUUGUGGCGGCAGCAGUGGCUGUGGCGGGGGUUGUGGUGGGUGGUGGUGGUUGUGGAAACAUGGUCAAAGCAGCAAAUGCAAGCGGCUGCGGCGGUGGUUGUAG